CCCUCCUCCCACUCCACACACCCUCCGCCGCGGAGCCGCAGAGCAACAAAAAAAAAAACACACACACACACACACACGGAUGUGCCUCCGAAAGAGCAGCGGAUACCGCCCUCCGGACCUUAUUAAUGCCAAGAUUGAGAGGUCCGAGGCAGAAAGGGGGAUGACAUGCAUGUGUCCGGCCUGCUAACAUCGCUGACGCCUCACACACUAACCGGCGGCCCGCCCUCGCGACAUGACGGACGCACUGUACACGGGUCCAAUCCCGGCCGAGCGAGGGGGCGAGCUGGCCAUGGGAGGAGGUCGCAGUGAGACCUCGGCGCUGAGCGAGACCGGAGGGGGGCGGGGCCACAUGACCACUACGCAGAAUUCCCAGCGGCCCAAUGCCUGCUGCUUCUGCUGGUGCUGCUGUUGCAGCUGCUCGUGGAACGAAGAGGAGAGGCGGAGGCGGAGGAAGAGAAUCUCGCAGGACACCAAGAUGGAAACCAGACCCAACUGUGAAUCUUGCCCCAGACCGUCCGCGGAGGAGAUCCGCCUGUGGUCCCAGUCUUUCGACAAGCUGAUGAGGAACCCUGCGGGUCGGAAUGUUUUCCGAGAGUUCCUGCGGACGGAGUACAGCGAGGAGAACAUGCUGUUCUGGCUGGCCUGCGAAGACCUCAAACAAGAAAUCAACAAGAGCGCCAUUGAGGAGAAGGCGCUCUCCAUCUACGAGGACUACAUCUCCAUUCUGUCGCCAAAAGAGGUGAGUCUGGACGCCCGGGUCCGAGAGGUGAUCAACAAGAAGAUGCAGAACCCGACCACUCAGUCGUUUGAGGACGCCCAGCUACAGAUCUACACGUUGAUGCACAGGGACUCUUACCCCCGCUUCCUCUCCUCCAGCAUCUACAAGUCGCUGCUUCACGGUGGCGGCGGCGGCGGCUCGCGUACCUCCUCCGAGUCCUAGUCCCGCGCCGCUGGUUCCGGUCCACCUUUUCAGACACUGCAGUUUCCACCCCCCCAAAAAAAGAAAAAAGGAUCAGACAACUGCUCACAGCUCUCUGAUUACUGCAGAGACCCACGUCUCCAAGUCCUCGACUUUUAGCAUUGUUUCCAAGACUCCAUUUUUUUCCUAUUAAAAACUGAUCAAAAUAAUAUCAAAAUAUUUUAGCAGGAAACCGAUACACCUCGGACAGGGUGGGGUUUCACUUAUUCGCCUCUCAGUUGUCCGGUGAAGAGGCGAUUUUUCUUUUUGAAUCCUACAGGUCAAGUCAAAAGACAAAAAAAGAUGAAUUUCUCUCUACUUCUUUUUUCCUCCCUUUUCAACUGGAAAACACCAGUCGCUCCCUCCAUCGCGCGCUUACACAGCACCAAAGAAGGAUUUGUUUUCUUCGUUAGUCGACCCAUUUUCCGGAUGGAUGUCACUUCCUUCCGUCUACUGAUUUACAAACAGACAAGACGGCCCAUUUUUGAAGAGAAAACUAUAUGGAACAUUUUUAGCCGUGUUGAUUAUUGUUGGUUUCGGUUUAAUCCCAGCCCCUCCCGACUCCUGGAUAUUAUGACUCUACCGAUCCCCAACCGACCCGACACCAAGGACUGCACCGAGACACUGGAAAACAUUCAAACACCUGCACACACCCACACAACUUGUGUUACUAUACUAUUGGUUAAUUCAUUUUUUGAUCAUUGACGAGCGGAUCAACACCCUCUCAGAUGUGAGGGUUCAAAGCAUCUUUGCGAUCUGGUCUGAUAAACGACAUAUGAAAAAAGGAGGGAGGGACCGCAGAAGAUGACCUCUCUUCAACAAAGAUCAAACUUUAAAAGUAGUAUAGUAUAGUAAUGCAAAUCUACACACACACACACACACAGACACACACCAGGGUGGCCUACCUGGGCACCGCUGCAACUGCUGCUGACCUCUGCCUCCGUGACCUCUCACCUUUGACCUCAACACUGUCUGUCACCCACUCAGAAGCCCGCUCCUGGUUGGCUGCAGGAGGUUGUUGGGCUGAACUGUGGUUGUUCAUUUUAGGAAUGGGGGGGGACGUGGGGGGAGGAAUCCCGGGUUCAAAAACAAAAAUGUAUAUCCAUGAAAAACGAUUUAUAAAAAUGAUGUAUAGAAAAAGAGGAUGUAAUGUGAGAUGGGACGCUUACACCCAGUGCUCUGUUGGGAAUGUAGUUUGAAGAAAACACAAGUUUGUAGUUGUCUGUGUGAAAACAACUCAUUUCAAGAAAAGAGGUCCUGACCAGACUGCAUUCAUCUUAGUAUUGUUAAUGUUAUUUAUUUUAUAUUUUGUUAAAACUGUGAUUUUAAUUGUGUAUAUAAUAUGUACAUAUAUAUAGAUAUGUAUGUACAGUAUACGUAUGUGUGUGUGUGUAUAUAUAUAUAUAUAUACACACACACACAUAUAUAUACAAACUCUUCGAAUACAACGAGAAGCAGCGUUGUUUGUUCAGUUUGAAUCAGUGUAUUUAUUUCAGUAACAGUAUGAGUUGUCAUACUGAAGUCUCCAAUCACCUUGCCACCCUCUUCUUUGAUAUGAUAAAUGAGUUAUAAAAUAUUUUAGACUAAUUAUGUUGUUUGACG